CGGCCGGCCGUAGCGCUUAUGCGUCUGGUCGCUCUGGUGAGAUGGGAACCAUGCACAGACCAAAUGAGCCUGCGUCUUAGUCUUGCCAUUGUCCAAAAAUGCAACACAGUCAGCUUGGGAGGGAGAUCUGACAGUGUUUUUUCUCUCUUCUUCUCCUCUUUCUUCCUCCUCUGUCCCGCCUCUCUUCGCUAGAGAAUCUGCACCUAUCCGCCAUAUAUACACACAUAUACAUCUCGUCCGCCUGCCCACCACAAGAGAUGCGCUUCGCCCUCAUCGCACACGUCCUGGCCCUCGGCCUCGGCCUGGUAUCCCAGAGCCAGGCGCACGAGAAGACGUGCUGGGCGCCGGACGGCAAGACAAAGGCCGACAACGAGACGUACGUGCCCUGCAACAAGCUCGGCAUCGAGGAGGACGGCGUGCACUCGAGCUGCUGCAACCUCGACGGCAAGGCGAGCCAGCGCGACCUCUGCGUCCAGACGGGCCUCUGCAACAACGACGGCAUCCUGUGGCGCGGGUACUGCACGGACCAGAGCUGGGAGAGCGCGGCUUGCGUCAACGUCUGUACAGACGAGUCGAAGGGCGGAAAUGCCACCGGCGUCAUGAGGCUGACGCCGUGCGGUGAUGGGCGCUACUGCUGCGGCGACACGACGGCCUGCUGCUCGGGGGAAGACGCCUUCUCCAUCCCCAUCCAAGAGGAGGUCAUUCAGGGCGCGACGCAGAGCUUCAAGACUUACAAGAAUGCCACAAUUGGUCUCGCCGUGGUCCUUGGCAUCGUCGCACUCGCCGCGCUGCUCGGCAUCUUCUGGCUGCUCAAGAAGAACAGGUCUCUCAAGGCGCGGCAGCAGACGUCCACGCCGGCCAUGGAGGAGUCAUCCACGGCACAGCAGCAGCAGAACAGCAACAAUGUCGACCCGUAUGUCCAGGACCAGGAGGACAUGGCGCGCACCGACACCACGAGCAUGGCGUCGCCGCACACCCAGUACCCGAUGUACAAGCCGCCCAUGUCGCCCUCCAUGGCCGAGGUGGGCAGCAACCCGCAGCGCUACUCGGAGCUGGAUGCCACGGGGACAGCGACGACGACGACGACGCGGCCGUAUGACGGGCAUCGAUAGACGGAGCCGCCCGGGUUGGGCAGCAGGGUUGGCGGUGGCGGGCGAGGGUGGACUGUUUUGUUUCUUUACCAUGUACAUAUUUGAUAUAUUCCUCGUUGGAUCGCUGGCAGAAUCCCCAAGAUAUGAAAUCUGCUUCACUUCAUCGAUCACCAGAGUCAUUGCGCGCUCUCUCGCCUAGCUCCCGUCGUGGUACGUGAG